GGAGCGCCGAUGGGAACGGUUAGGAUAGGAGUCGCAAAGCCGUUGCCUCUUUCACCAGAAGAGGGCUAUGUUUCUGCUAAGGAAGAUUCCUUUUUCUACACUGCCCAGUCCUUUGAGGAGGAAGGGCCAGCUGAUUCAGCCCUCUUCCAUGCUGAGCUGGCUCUGGUGGAUUCAAGUGAGGCAGAUCUAGUGGAGGAAUCCACCUUCGAAUCGCACUAUUCCCCAGACCAUGAUGGUACAUUCCAGUCUUCAGUUUCAGCUCUGCAUGGCAGCGCCUGUGCCGAUGAUCUGAAGUAUAACCUCUCACUACCCUCGUCGACUCCCAAGGCUGUUUGCAAAGAAAGUUCAAAUGCCUCAGUCGGUUACCAUUUACCAGACCAAAACCUGUACACCAUGGAUCUAAUGCAAAGGGGAGCAGAGAACAGAUCUUCUGCUGAUGUAUGUGUGGAACAGUCUGCUGGGAUCACAAGAAAAGACCCAGUAACGCAUUCUCCUAAGAAACAAGCUGAACAUGAAAGCACAGGAACUUGGACAGCUGAAGCCUCACGCAAUGCAAAUUUAACUUCUAGAUUGAACCCUGACGCUACUGGGAAAGACCACGUACUCUUGAUGGAAAAUAACAGCUUAACGCACGCUGGGAGGUAUUCUGCAACCCUAAAUACAAACAAAAACAAGUUUGAGAAGACGAUUACUAUUGCAAAGGGCAAUUCAAGUUUAGGGAUGACAGUAAGUUCCAAUAAAGAUGGCUCUGGAAUGAUAGUCCGCAGCAUUAUCCACGGGGGUUCCAUAAGUCGCGAUGGCCGCAUUGGUGUCGGGGACUGCAUUCUGUCUGUCAAUGAGGAACCCACAACUAAUUUAACCAACGCACAGGCACGAGCUAUGCUGCGGAGACAUUCCCUCGUCGGACCAGAUAUAAAAGAAAUUCCAGAACUACCAGAACGGGAAGAAGGUGAAGGAGAAGAAAGUGAACUUCAGAAUGCAGGCUACAGUAACUGGAACCAACCAAGGAGGGUUGAACUCUGGCGAGAACCCAGCAAGUCGCUGGGAAUCAGCAUUGUCGGUGGACGAGGAAUGGGAAGCCGGCUGAGCAGUGGCGAAGUCAUGAGAGGAAUCUUCAUCAAACACAUUCUUGAAGACAGCCCUGCUGGCAAAAAUGGAACCUUGAAAACAGGAGAUAGAAUAGUGGAGGUGGACGGAAUUAACCUCAGAGACGCAAGCCACGAACAAGCUGUGGAAGCCAUACGGAGAGCAGGCAACCCAGUAGUCUUUAUGGUACAAAGCAUUAUAAACAGACCAAGGGCAUCUAGCCAGUCAGAUUCAGAGCCGGAAAAGACUUCGUCUUGUAACCUGCUCCUGCCGCCUCCUUCCCUGUCUCCAGGAAUGAGCAGUGAGGUUUUGCAGCAAUCCUGCAACCAAUACCUGGAAGAGCUGGAUAAGGAAGAUGAGUUCGGGUACAGCUGGAGAAAGAUCAGUCACCGGUAUGGGCAUCUGUCUGGAGAUCUGCACAUGAUAGAGUUGGAGAAAGGGAAGACUGGCUUAGGACUCAGCCUAGCUGGGAACAAAGACCGGUCCAAGAUGAGCGUUUUUGUAGUGGGAAUUGAUCCAAACGGAGCAGCUGGAAAAGAUGGCAGGCUGCAGAUUGCAGACGAGUUACUGGAAAUAAAUGGACAAGUUCUCUAUGGAAAGACUCACCAGAAUGCAUCUUCAAUAAUAAAAUGUGCACCUUCUAAAGUAAAAAUCAUAUUUAUCAGAAACAAAGAUGCUAUCCAACAGAUGGCUGUUUGUCCUGGGAAAUCAGCAGAGACUUCACCUUCCUCUUCUGGGCUACUUCAGUAUGAAGAGGGUGAAGUGAAUGACCCAAGCUCUAUUUUUCCCAUAGACCAGAGUUUAUAUAAGAAUAUUAAAAAUGUGGAAUUGCCUAAAGAUCAAGGAGGCAUAGGUAUUGCCAUCGGUGAAGAAGACACAUUUAACGGUGUGGUUAUUCAGAGCUUAACAGAGCAUGGUGCAGCAGGAAAGGAUGGCCGAAUUAAGGUUGGAGAUCAGAUUCUGGCAGUGGACGAUGAAGUUGUUGUGGGGUAUCCUAUAGAAAAGUUUAUCAGUUUGCUGAAGACAUCAAAGCCCACUGUGAAACUCACAAUCAAUUCAGCCGAAGAGGAGAGUCAGACAGCUGCUCAGCCACAAACACCGGUUUACAGUACUACUUCGGGUGAGAGAACUAAUAUCCAACAAUCAGCCGUUGUUUCACCUUCUGAAUCACCAGAACCAGAGUCAGUUAAAAACACAAGCAGGUCCUCAACUCCAGCCACAUUGAUAUCUGACCCAGCUACAUGCCCAAUCAUCCCGGGUUGUGAAACGACAAUCGAUAUCUCCAAGGGACGUACCGGUCUUGGCUUGAGCAUAGUAGGAGGAGCCGAUACUUUGCUGGGCGCAAUUAUUAUCCAUGAAGUGUAUGAAGAAGGAGCAGCGUCCAAAGAUGGAAGGCUCUGGGCUGGCGAUCAAAUCUUGGAGGUGAACGGAAUCGACCUAAGGAACGCAACGCACGACGAGGCCAUAAACGUUCUCAGGCAGACGCCUCAGAAAGUCCGCCUCACCGUCUACAGGGACGAAGCCCAGUAUAAGGAAGAAGACAUGUAUGAUGUGCUCAGUAUAGAGCUACAGAAGAAGCCAGGCAAAGGCCUUGGAUUAAGUAUUGUUGGGAAGAGGAACGACACUGGAGUGUUUGUGUCAGACAUUGUCAAAGGAGGCAUAGCAGAUCUGGAUGGGAGACUGAUGCAGGGAGACCAGAUAUUAAUGGUGAACGGGGAAGAUGUUCGAAAUGCUAACCAGGAAGCAGUGGCCGCUUUGUUGAAGUGCUCAUUAGGUACAGUCAGACUAGAAGUUGGAAGAAUAAAGGCAGGCCCAUUCCAUUCGGAGAGGAGAACGUCUCAGAGCAGCCAGGUCAGCGAGGGAAGCGGCAGCCUGUCAUCAUUCAGUUUCCCAGGUUCUGGAUCCAACCCACCAGAAAGUUACGAAAGUACUCUGAAGAAGAACUCCUUAGCAUCUGAAAUACAAGGAUUAAGAACAGUUGAAAUAAAAAAGGGCCCUUCAGAUUCCUUGGGAGUUAGUAUCGCUGGUGGCGUCGGAAGCCCUCUUGGAGACGUUCCGAUUUUUAUAGCCAUGAUGCAUCCUAAUGGAGUCGCAGCUCAAACUCAGAAAUUGAGGGUAGGGGAUAGGAUCGUUAGCAUUUGUGGAACACCAACCGAAGGAAUGACUCAUUCUCAGGCUGUCAGCUUGUUAAAAAAUGCUUCUGGCACUAUUGAAAUACAGGUUGUAGCUGGUGGAGAUGUCAGUGUCAUAACCAGCCAGCAGCAAGAUCCACCAACAUCUAGCCUUUCGUUUGCUGGACUAACAACAAACAGCAUAUUUCAAGAUGAUUUGGGACCUCCACAGUAUAAAACCAUCACUCUGGAUCGGGGACCCGACGGCUUGGGCUUCAGCAUCGUAGGCGGGUAUGGAAGUCCACAUGGAGACCUGCCCAUUUAUGUGAAGACUGUGUUUGCAAAGGGUGCUGCAGCAGAAGAAGGGCGACUGAAGAGAGGGGAUCAGAUCAUUGCUGUCAAUGGGCAGAGCUUGGAAGGGAUCACGCACGAAGAAGCGGUGGCUAUUCUAAAAAGAACGAAAGGAACGGUGACCCUGACUGUUCUCUCUUGAACCCUCUUCCCCCGA